AGCAGAGAGAGGAAAGCAGCUUUAAUUGCAGGGCAGAGAGAAAAGCCAGCGAUGGCUUCGCUCAGACAGGAGCACCAGUACGGGCUCUCCUGUGAAAAAAAUAACAAAAACAGCCCGAACAGGACGCUGUACCACGUCAAGCUCACGGACACGGCUAUCAGGGCGCUGGAGGCUUACCAAAACCUCAAGGGAUCUUUACCAAGUGAACCAUCAAUCUGUUUCAAAGGAAACCAAGGGUACAUCAAGAUCCCAACACCCACACCAGAGUCACCUUCCGCUCUUCGUGUCUUCACCUUCUACUUAUCCAGCGACAGCAAAGACCAACCUCAAGCCAGCUUUGACUGCAUCCAUCAAUAUGUUUCAAGUGAUGGCCGUGAGCAGCUGGAAGGUCAAGGCAUCAUCCAGGACAAGAUCACUGUGUGCGCCACCGACGACUCCUACCAGAUGACCCGUGAUAGGAUGUCUCAGGUGGAGAAAGACAGCUGGAGCCGGUCUGCCAUUGAGAUUAAACCAGGAGCCACACAUCCAAGUAAAUGUGUCAAGUUCCACAAGAGGUCAGCUCCUCUGUCUGCAUCAGACAGCAGCUUCCCUAAGCAUUCUACCAACAACCGGAGGAACGGCGGAAUCCUAACGCCGACCCUGAAGUCCUUAAGGGAGCGUAUCAUCCACCUCCUAGCUCUCAAACCCUACAAGAAACCAGAGCUGCUGCUGUGGCUGGAAAGAGAAAGAGCCGGCCCUAAGGACAAGGUUGAGCUGGGUGCCAUACUAGAGGAGGUUGCAAAAGUAAAUCCCAAAGACAGCAGCUACCUGCUGAGGGAUGACUUCUACAAGCAUGUGCAGAGGGACUGGCCCGGCUACAGCGAGGAGGAGAGGCAGCUGAUCAGCAGGCUGCUGGCCAGGAAGUUACAGCCACACAUCAACCACCAAUCAAGGAAUCCUCAAGCACAUGUGUCUAUGCUGAAGGCCUCAGAGGAUACGACAUUACAUCACAGCACGGCAAAAACGCAUGCAGUGAAACGUCUCGUGCCUUUUGACUCACUGGAAAGGCUAGCUGUUAAGAGACAAAGACUUGUGGACCAGAGAUUGCAACAGCCGCCCACAGUAAAUGGACUCUUAAACAAUAAAGGACAUGAAAUUGCAGCUCCUACCCUUAACCCCGGUUUCCACACAAAGACUGAGUUUCAACGGACAAGUAACCAUACUGGUAACCAAAAUGGCUUACCAGAAGACCACAACGGCUUUCCGGUAAUGCACAAACUGUCUAGCAUCACUGACACACCUGUCUCAGAAAGAAGAGAGCAAGAACCCAACGGAAGCAACUACCAGCCACCACAAGGCGACUCUGACUGCACUUACCAGCAGCUCGCCAACAGCCAGCACAGGAAGAAGAAAUCAAAAAAGCACAAAGACAAGGAGCGGGUGUGGUUAAAAGACAACAAGGGCAGUGAAUGGUUAGAGACGAGUCCUGAUCUGAAGCAGAACCCGGACAAACUUGAGGAUCCUGAAAUCACAAAUGCUGUGGCCUCUGAGGAGAAGCCAGAUUAUGUGCUCACAUACGGCACCAUCAUGAGUUUGGAGCAGCGUGAGAGGUACCAUGAGGAUUUCUGUGGCGAGUAUGAUGAAUACAAAGACCUCCACUCCCGGAUUGCCACCAUAACUCACAUGUUUGUUCAGCUAGGAACCAAAAUCAAAAGCUUGUCUCCUGGCACGCAAGAAUAUAAGAUAAUGGAAGAGCAAAUACUAGAAAAGUACAACAAGUAUCGAAAGAAGUUCCCAGGCUACAGGGAAGAGAAGAAACGCUGCGAAUAUCUCCAUGAGAAACUGUCCUACAUCAAACAGCUCAUCAGUGACUAUGAUGUCUCUCACGCUUCUUCAUAGCAUUGGCUCUCCCCUUUAUCAGAUGUCUUUAAAGGGAGCCCCCUUCUUUGCAUAAACAACAGGUGUCAAACAAAGCGUUUUUACCUGAGACUAAAAUUAAAGGUUUUGGAUAAAACUGCAGACUUCAACAAGGACUGCCUCUGCUGGGACCAUGGAUGAGGCUGUGAGCACCAAUGAUACAAAUCAGUAGCAGGUUUUACUCUGGUAUUUGUAGCUCUAUUUGUUUUGAAGAUGUA